GGAUCCAACACAACCCAUCAAUAUGGUUGGAACUUCCCAACCACAUGAAGUCCAUACUAUGGCUACCGAUGGUAAUGGAGGUUCUACUGUGGGGCUGAACAACUCGGCACCACCAAUAGUUGCAACUACCAGUAUCGAUAGAGCUUCACCAAAUGCAGCCGAUUCUACCCAAGGUUAUUAUGAUGGAAGGAAAGGUAGUGCUGUGGAGAACGUCAGGAAAUUCCUUGAUGCCAUGGGGGCUCACGCUGAUGAUAAAGAUUUGUGUCUACGUGAGUUCUCUAAGUCUCUUUCUGAUAGAUCUUAUACAUGGUACAUUACUCUGCCUUCUAGCUCUGUCCAUUCUUGGGACGAGAUGGUGGAACAAUUUUGUCAAAAAUACUUUCAGAGUGAAGAGCGCAUCGCCAUCCUUGAUCUCCACAACACCUGCCAAUACACUAGUGAAGAUUUAAUGGUCUACAUGAAAAGAUUCAGAGAUUUGGCACUUGAUUGUUAUGGUGGCCAUGUUGAAUCCUUCAUAGUGGAAAUCUGCAUCAACAACAUGUUUCGAGAAUAUCGCGUUGUCCUUGAAAACAUCGGGAUCAACCAAUUUGUAAGAAGGCAGAGAGUGGACAAAGAUCCUCUCCCACACCACAACCAAGGUGUUGUCAAUGUUCUCACCCAUGUGCAAAGCAUUGGAGCAAGUGAGCCAAUAGUUGAAUUCCCUAAUGAUACGCCCAACUUCUUUGUCUGUGCACUCCAACGAACUCCAAAGUUCAAAAUGUUGUUUAACCAGCUUGGUUUCGCUAUUGAGGCGCGACGAAGAGCCACAGAGGCCUACUCUCCAUCACUAAUGAGGCUAGAGGAGAAUGCCUCAACGCUGAAGUGCAUGCUAGUCGCGCAUGCCAGCCGCACUUAUCUUGAAUCUUCUAAUGUUGUCACAUUCAUUGAUGAAGAUAUGGAGGCACCACAUCUUAACCAUAGAAAGCCUCUUUACUUAUCUGCUCAGAUCAACUUUGUCGGUGUCAGGCGUGCACUAGUUGAUAUGAGAUCCUCUCUCAACCUAAUACCACUGAGCACCAUCAUCGCUGCAAGAAUCCCCUAACGAAGAAUCGUCAAGUCUCCACUCAGCAUUGUUGGCCUUGGCAACAGUAGUGAGCAUGCCCUUGGAUGCGUUCAGC